AUACCAAAACCACUCCUUAACCUUAAUCUUAACUCAAUCCAAAAGCACCUCACAUUUCCACAAUUAAGCAUCUUCUUUCCAAACAACAUUUGAAACCAAACACUAUGUCUUUAGCUAGUCACAUAUUAACUACCACAACCACUACUCAUGAAAACCUAGACCAUGGAAGUAGUCAAGAACAGAACCCUAGGUUUAGAGACAUCCAUGCUCUAGCCUCACCUCAUCCUCCUCCAGCCAGCCGACAAGCGUGGGACACAAGUAGCCUUGAUGGCGGCUCCGUCGAGACGAAUGUGUACUCCACCAUGAGUAGAGAGUUCAAUGCAUUAGUUGUUGGAGGGUCUACAACAGGAAACAAUGGCAGUGAGGCUGAUCAUCAUAGUAUUUUCAUGGGAAUGAUAGGAGAGGAGGAGGAGAUGAACCCUUUGGCUAUUGUGCCGGAUAGUAGUCAUCAUGUGGAUCCUCAGUCGUCUCCUUGGAGGCCUGGUGGUAGAGGGGGGAGUGUUGGUCUAGUGAAUGGUGGUGAGGAUCAUGUGUCAGUGCAUGGAGUGAAGAAAGGGGAAGUUGAGAUGAAGAUACUUGCAUGGCAAAAUGCUAAGAUUGCCAAGAUUACUAACAGGUUUAAGCGCGAGGAUGCGAUUAUUAAGGGCUGGGAAGGUGAGCAGAUUCAGAAGUCAAGUUCUCGGAUGAAGAAAGUUGAGAGGAAGCUGGAGGAAAAGAGAGCAAGAGCACAGGAGAAGAUGGAGAAUGAGAUAGCAAAGGCACACAGAAAAGCAGAGGAAAGGAAGGCUUCAGCAGAGGCCAGGAGAGGAACAAAAGUGGCCAAGGUCUUUGAAAUUGCACAUUUGAUGAAAGCUAUGGGAAGAGCACCACCCAAGCGCUCAUUUUAAUUAGGACUAGUUAAUUAUUAUUUUUCAGUAUAAUUAUUCAUAAGCAACACAAAGUACUAAUGUAAGACUAGUAGGCUAGUCACUGGUGUGUGCUUUAUAUUUGUGGUCUCCCUUCACCUUUUUAAUUGAGGGUACGCCCCUAUGUUUGUGUG